CCCCGGGGGGAAGGGGGGCUGCAGCAGCCCGGCGAGCCGCCCACCCGCGCAGCGGGGGCAUCGCCCCCACUCGCCGCUCCUGGGAGGGCGGAAAGGAGGCAGCGGCGGCGGCGGCGGCGCCGGCAUUGUGCGCAGCAGAUCGCAGGCCCCGGCGGCGCGGAGCUCGCCUGCCUCCCGCCCCAGCCUCAUGAACCAGCCGGACGGCUCCGCUGCGGCGGCGGCGGCGACGGGAGCGCAGGUGAUGCCGGCCACAGGAGCCCACGUCGGGCUGUCGAGAUGCUCCAGUCCGUCGAGGACCGACAGCGGUGCCAGCAACAGCAGGGGACGGGCGGACGAGAGCAGCAGCAGUGGCCAGAGGAGCUCUUCCAGCAGGGAGUGCCUGAAGCGCAGCCCGCAGAGCCCCCGGGCAGAGGGCUCCGAGUCGCUCACGUCGCAGUCGUCCCCCAGUGACGAGGCAGGGACCAUGACGGAGGUGAAGGUGAAGACGGAGGUCCCGGACGACUACAUCGAGGAGGUGAUCUGGCAGGAGGACGCCAAAGACUGCAAGAAGAGCGUGAAGGAGGGCGCGGGGGAGGUGCCCGCCGAGAUCUGCGUGGUGAUCGGCGGCGUCCGCAGCCAGCAGACGCUCGGGUCUUACGAGUGUGGAAUCUGUGGGAAGAAGUACAAAUACUACAACUGCUUCCAGACCCACGUGCGGGCACACAGAGACACUGAAGCUGCCUCAGGGGAAGGAGCCUCACAAGGCAGUGCCCCUCUGGCUGCGGGAAGGGAGAAGAAGCCUCUCUCCAGAGCUGUCUUUGUGCUGCCCUGGGUGGAAACCACAGAAGCAAACAAUUUUAGGUACACCUGUGACAUCUGUGGGAAAAAGUACAAAUAUUACAGCUGUUUCCAAGAGCACAGAGACCUGCAUGCUGUGGAUGACCCCUAUGACCAGGCUGUCAUAGCAGCAGAAGAGUUGAAGGAGGAGGAGCCGGAGCCUUUCCAGAAGAUUGGUCCAAAGACUGGCAACUACACCUGUGAGUUCUGUGGCAAGCAGUACAAGUACUACACUCCCUACCAAGAGCAUGUGGCGCUGCAUGCACCUAUCAAGUUCUCUCGAUCUCCACUCUUCGUGGCAGUGAAGACCCAGGGGAGCCAGUCCAGCAAAAAGCCUCCGGCCUCCGUCAACCGCUGCUCGGCGCUGCUGCACCGCGGCCCCGCCGCCGGCUCCCCCGCGUCCCAGCCGCACAUCUUCCGCGCUGCCAGCUCCGCCUCCCCGGGAAGCAAGGCCGUCACAGCAGAAAGUGCUUUCAGCAGGAGAGUGGAAGGCAAAGUGCAAAACAACUUUGAAGAGGCCAACAGCAAUUCUCAGAACUCCAGUGCUGCUCACUCGGGGACAGAGAAACCUAAAGAAAAGAGGUGUAAGCAGAACCCAUCAGAGCCUUACACCUGUGGAGCUUGUGGAAUCCAGUUCCAGUUUUAUAACAAUCUCCUGGAGCACAUGCAGUCCCACGCAGCUGACAACGAGAACAAUAUUGCCUCUAGCCAGCCCAGGUCACCUCUAGCUGUUGUUGAAGAGAAGUGGAAACCUCAGCUCCAGAGAAACAACACCAACAACACCUCGGCCAGCGGCUCGGUGGGGAACAGCACGAUCCCGGAGAAGGAGCGGCAGAACAUCGCCGAGAGGCUGCUCAGGGUCAUGUGCACUGACCUGGGGGCCCUGAGCGUGGUGAGCGGCAAGGAGUUCAUCAAGCUGGCACAGACCCUGGUGGACAGUGGAGCUCGCUACGGGGCCUUCUCCGUCACCGAGAUCCUGGGCAACUUCAACACGCUGGCGCUGAAGCACCUGCCCAGGAUGUACAACCAGGUGAAGGUGAAGGUCACCUGCGCCCUGGGCAGCAACGCCUGCCUGGGCAUCGGCGUCACCUGCCACUCGCAGAGCGUCGGCCCCGACUCCUGCUACAUCCUGACGGCCUACCAGGUGGAGGGCAACCACAUCAAGAGCUACGUGCUGGGCAUCAAGGGCGUGGACCUGCGGGACAACGGCGACUUCAUCCACCACUGGGUGCAGAACGUGCUGUCCGAGUUCGUCAUGUCGGAGAUCAGGACGGUCUACGUCACGGACUGCAGGGUCAACGCCUCGGCCUUCUCCAAGGCGGGCAUGUGCCUGCGCUGCUCGGCCUGUGCCUUGAACUCGGUGGUGCAGAGCGUGCUCAACAAGAGGACGCUGCAGGCUCGCAACAUGCACGAGGUGAUCGAGCUGCUGAACGUCUGCGAGGACCUGGCGGGCUCCACUGGCCUCUCCAAGGAGACCUUCGGCUCCCUGGAGGAGACCUCUCUGCCGCCCUGCUGGAACUCGGUGACCGACUCGCUGCUGCUGGUGCACGAGCGCUACGAGCAGAUCUGCGAGUUCUACAGCAGGGCCAAGAAGAUGAACCUCAUCCAGAACCUGAACAAGCACCUGCUCAGCAACCUGGCGGCCAUCCUGGCCCCGGUGAAGCAGGCGGUGAUCGAGCUGAGCAACGAGAGCCGCCCCACGCUGCAGCUGGUCCUGCCCACCUACGUCAAGCUGGAGAAGCUCUUCACGUCCAAAGCCAACGACGCCGGCGUGGUCAGCAAGCUCUGCCACCUCUUCCUGGAGGCGCUGAAGGAGAACUUCAAGGUGCAUUCGGCGCACAAGGUAGCCAUGAUCUUAGACCCCCAGCAGAAGCUGCGGCCCGUCCCGCCCUACCAGCACGAGGAGAUCAUCGGCAAGGUCUGCGAGCUGAUCAACGAGAUCAAAGAGUCCUGGGUGGAAGAAGCAGAGUUCGAACCUUCAACCAAGAAGCCUCGGGGGACAGGGGAAGCCACAGCAGCUCAGGAAGAAGAUUGGUUCGGGAAGAAUGAAGUCUACGAUUACUUGCAGGAACCUCUCUUCCAGGCCACCCCUGACCUGUUCCAGUACUGGUCGUGUGUGACCCAGAAGCACACGAAACUCGCCAAGUUGGCCUUUUGGCUCCUCGCGGUGCCUGCCGUGGGGGCCAGGAGCGAGUGUGUAAAUAUGUGCGAACAGGCUCUCUUGAUCAAAAGGAGGAGGCUGCUCAGCCCAGAAGACAUGAACAAGCUCAUGUUUCUCAAGUCCAACAUGCUUUAAGACUCUUGACUUUAAACACACACACACACACAGAGAGGACUCCUUUUUCAAACACUGUUCUGAACUGUUCCAAAAAAAAACAAAGGAAAAAAAAAAAAGAGAAUUUUAAGUUCUAAACACUGUGGACCUCAUAAUGAAUGCCCCUGGAAACCAAGUGCUUUUUUAUAUAUAUAUAUAAAAAGAGAAAUAUAUCUAAAGAGUUAAAUUGGAGAGGGAAAGCUGAGCACGAGAGAGAGAGAGGCGCAGCUCUGCCGCCCGUGCUGCUUUCCCUGGCCACUGUGCGGACUGGACAGACUCGCUGAUGUUUUCGAGUGGGCAGACCAAUGGGAGGCUGAUGUUCUAAAAUCUUCAGGCAGCUGA